UUCACAAGGGAAUAAUUUUUGGGAAAGUAAAAGCCGUUUCGGAGAUUCUCAGAAGAUUUCUUCGCUUAUUCCAUAUAUAUUCGCCGGAACCGGCAGAGCCAAUCGCCGUUAACUUUUCGCCUGCUUAUUUGAUACUCUCCGGCGGCACCACCACCACCAGAGCUAAUCGCCAUGGCCAUUGACGUUAUAAGUCUGGAAGAAAUGUACAUUGAUGCUUGCAGGAGGCAUGGAGUCUCACCAAACUCUGGAUUUUUGCAUUCUCUCUACCAGGCUCAGGUUAAAAAAUCCCGCUGCGAGCUGUGUAGUAUAGAGAUAUUACUGGACCAAUUAAAUGAUAUGGAUUUCCAUCCGCUGCUUGAAGUGUGUUAUAAAAUUGGUGAAUCUGAGAUUGAAGCAGUUGAUGUACGUAAUGAUUCAUCUUGUGCAUUGGCUGGAGAAAAUGCUUUGGCACUGAUGCAAGCCAUCAAGGAAAGGCUUCGAGUAGUUGACCUUCAAGAUGUUUCAUUUGGAAAAGACUUCUUGCGGGAGCUUUCUCAGAGAGGUCUACCAUGCCAAGUUCUAAACUUGAGGUCUUCACAUUUCCGGAAGCUCAACAUGGUGGGAGAGUUUAAGUCGCUACAUGCCCUUAACCUUGACCAUAGCACUUCACUUACUAGUUUCCGGGAAGAAUGUUUUUCAUGCAUGCCCAAGCUGAUUUAUCUCUCAAUGUGUGAAACAAAAAUUGCAAAUCUCUGGACCACCAUUGCUGCACUUUCCAAACUCCCUUCUUUGGUGGAACUUAGGUUUCAGAACUGGUUGUGUUGCAAUGAUGCUGGAUCAUCUGGGUUAUCUGAUGGCAAUGGAAAAACUAAUUUCCAUCAGUCAAACAGUGAAACUCAUUCUGAUGCAUCGUCCUUUGAUCUUGAGGAACUUCUUGAUCUGACAUCAAGUACUGAGGAGGCAAUUAGAAAUUUGCUUCCACUCAGUAUAAAUCAUGAUUUUUCAGGCACAAAUGAGGAAUCAUCAGAUGACAGUGAAAUGGAUUUUUCAUUUCACUUACAAGAACAUGGUUACAUUGACCCAUCAUCUAAUCAGCCUACUGGGUGGAAUGGACGGAUUAAUCUGCAGAGAGAGGUUUCUUCUGCUACAUUGUUGAAUCGAAGUGAAGAAGAUUCCCAUGUUGAAGAUUCCCAUGUUGAAGAUGUUUUGUUGAAAUAUACUUCUGAGCAUGCUUCACCUAUAUGCUUUGAGAAACAUUAUAGGGAAUACAUGAUUGCCUCACUACAGCAAUUAAAAGUUUUGGAUAACUUGCCUAUCAGGAAUAUGGACAGGGAAAGGGCUAAUAUAACAUUUUCGCAACAUUUUGAGUACCUUCCGUACAAAAGGAAGCAUAAAGAGAGUGUUGUUAAUAUCUUGCAGAAGCGUGAAAUAAAAGCAAGCCACAAUCGCUUGCAGACCCCUAAGCAAAGGCCAUCAGUUUGUUCUGGGAAGUCUCAAUAUUUCUAUACCCGGUCUCUUUGUGCCGCCAAAAUGGGAUCUUCUGCUUGGCCAUUCUUGCAUCCACUUUCUAUCUCUGGCAGCACAGGAGAUGAAAGUAGGCGCUUUCGCCCUAGGCAAUUUGAGUAUCAUCCGUCUGACUCCAGCUUAAUGGUCUUUGGAACUUUAGAUGGUGAAGUAGUUGUUGUCAACCAUGAAGAUGAGAAAAUUGUUAGUUACAUUCCAUCCCUUGGGGCAAUGAAUAGCGUGUUGGGACUCUGUUGGCUCAAGAAGUAUCCCUCUAAGCUUAUAGCUGGUUCAGAUAAUGGUUCACUGAAGCUCUAUGAUAUCCGGCUUGUGCCAAAAACUGUUGUGGGGAUGCAUAGUGGUUUUGGUUCUGUCACCUUUGAUGAGUUUGAUCAACUGACAUCUGUUCAUGUUAACUCUACUGAUGAACUCUUCCUUGCAAGUGGAUACUCAAAAAAUGUUGCGUUAUAUGACAUCAAUAGUGGAAGGCGCUUGCAGGUCUUCACUGAGAUGCACCGAGAGCAUAUUAAUGUGGUCAAGUUUUCGAACCAUUCCCCCUCGAUUUUUGCUACUUCUUCAUUUGAUCAGGAUAUUAAACUGUGGGACUUGAGGCAGAAUCCAAUAAGGCCUUGCUACACUGCUUCAAGUUCCAAGGGAAAUGUGAUGGUCUGCUUUUCUCCAGAUGAUCACUAUCUUCUUGCUUCAGCUGUUGACAAUGAGGUAAAACAGCUUUUAGCAGUUGAUGGAAGGCUACACCUGAAUUUUGAGAUACCUGCCACUGGAAGCUCACAAAAUUAUACUCGUUCUUAUUACAUGAAUGGAAGGGACUAUAUUAUCAGUGGAAGUUGUGAUGAACAUGUAGUCCGUGUUUGCUGUGCUCAGACAGGGAGGCGUCUUAGGGAUAUAUCUCUGGAGGGAAAAGGGUCAGGGAGUUCAAUGUUUGUGCAAUCAUUGAGAGGGGAUCCUUUCAGGGAUUUCAACUUGAGUAUCUUAGCUGCUUAUACGCGUCCAAGCUCAAAAUCUGAAAUUGUUAAGGUCAAUUUGCUGGCAUCCAGUAACAGCAGCAAAGAGCAUUAUCCUAGUGAGAUUUCUUGCCCAUGUAAAAGUAUGGGAGGUUGAUGUAUGCUUGUGUUUCUCCUUUUUUCUUUGUAUAUCUAUUUGUCGGCUAUAUAAUUAAAGAUAGCCAUUUUUUUCUCUACCCAAAUUUCUCCAACCAAUCUCAAGGAUUGAACUUGAGGUGGAGUUCCAGUUUCAAACUAUUGGAACUCCUUAAAGAAAUGUAUGUAGUAUCCAUGUAUAUUUGUACCUACUCCAUAAUACCAACAAACAUUACUUCAUUUUUCCUUGUAUUUACAUGUUUCUCUAUGUCUUAUAAGUAUUACUCAUUUGACCAAUUUGUCUUCUAUCAAUGUAAAAUUUUCAACCAGGGCGGGUUUCACCACUUUUAUUUAUGGAAUAAAGAAUGAGUUUUUAA